GGCUGACGGCUGCUUUCCGCUAAGGAGCGGAAAUUCGCGUUGCUCUGAGGGACUCUAUGGUGUCCCAGUCGCCAUGGCGUCGCUGGGGGAGCUUGCAGCCUUGAUUUUGGUAGCAGUUCUCUGGGGAGCAACCAACCCAUAUUUGAAAAGAGGAACGGAGGGUCUGGAGCAGGUAAAGAGAGAGAGCAAGCCUCGGCAGAUGUUGGCAGAAAUGAAGUUCCUCUGUCUGAAUUACAAGUACAUGGUGCCAUUUGCACUAAACCAGUGUGGUUCGUUUAUCUACUAUCUCACAUUAGCAUCCACAGACCUGACCUUGGCUGUGCCUCUUUGCAAUUCCUUGGCCCUGGUCUUCACAAUGGUAACAGGGAAAGUUCUUGGAGAAAACGUGGGUGGAACAAGGGCUGCCCUGGGAAUGCUGCUGACAGUCUUGGGCAUUGCUAUCUGCAUAGCUGGGUCUGGGAACAAGAAUGCAUGAGAUGUCUCGGAAGAAGAGAGGAAAGCCUGUAGAAGACCAUUCUUACCUGUGCAAUUGCUGACUCCACUCUCAAGAGUUGCAGCAUGGGGUGAAGAAACCCAGGACUCCAUGUUGGAGAGAGAAUGUGGUUUUUCCUAUCCCGGCUAGCACUCCUUCAUGCACUUGGGUUCCAGAGGGCCCUGGGUCUCCAGACCUUGUCUUGAUGUUCCUGUUAACCAAUCAGCAGCAGAAACCUUGGGGGCCCUGAGGUAGCUUUAAUGGAAGCAGUGAGAUCAGGAGCCUUUAAGCUAAUGCAGGAAUAUCUCAAAAAGUGACCGGAGAUGCCCAGACGGAUCUGAUUUAAGAAUAGGAGCAAUUGCUGUCAUCCAGAUGGGGCCGAAAUAGGAACUGUGUGGUGUGAAGAAUGAAGGAGCACUUUCUGGCAGGGAAAAGGUUGGCUGGAUCCAUCCUUAAGAGAUUUAGAUCACCUACAACUGGCACCAGGUGCUGCUCACACCAGAGCAGUACCCAGAGAUGCAGUAUCAGAGGUCUGUGUUAGGCUUCAGAAGCACUUGUGAUUCCGUCAAUAAAGGGUGAAUCCCAUGCUGGCUGAGGGAAUUCUGGGAGUCGAAAUCUACACAUUGAGAAACACUGUUCUAGCCGUAUGGAAUGUCCUCCCAUCACAAAUCUGAGAGAUCCUCUUGUGACUCCCAUUUUUGCUCCGAAUGUCUUUUCAGUGAAUAGAUCUGAUUCGAUGAUUUCAGUGUAUUAUUGUUAAACAGUCUUUAAAAAUAUUUAUUACUG